GGUAGAAUCCUAUACAAAGUUCGAUGGAAAGGAUAUACAUCAGACGAUGAUACCUGGGAGCCCGAGGUUCAUCUGGAGGACUGUAAAGAAGUUCUUCUUGAAUUUAGGAAGAAAGUUGCAGAAAACAAAGCUAAAGCAGUCAAGAAGGAUAUUCAGAAACUGUCUUUAAAUACUGACAUAUUUGAGACAAACUCUGAUAGUGAUCAGCAAAGUGAGACAAAAGAAGAUACUUCCCCAAGGAAGAAAAAGAAAAAAUUAAGGCAGAAAGAAGAGAAAAGCCCAGAUGAUCUGAGAAAAAGAAAAGGAAAGACUGGGAAACUGAAAGAUAAGUCCAGAUCAGAGCUGGACAGCUCCUCUGAAAGUUUGGUUUUUGAUUUAAGGACCAAGAAAAGAAUUUUAGAAGCCAAAGAAGAAUUAAAGGAUGCCAAGAAGCCCAAAAAGGAUGAAAUAAAAGAAACUAAGGAAUUAAAGAAAGUUAAAAAGGCUGAAGUAAGAGACACAAAGACUAAAAUAAGAGAAGAUCCCAAAGAAAACAGAAAAACAAGAAAAGAGAAAUAUAUUGAAUCUCAGCUGGAGUUUGAGUCAGGUGUACAUGAUUCCCCUCUUCAGGAAGAUGAUAGUGAAGACUUACAUUCUGACAGCAGAGAAGAGAAACAAAAAAUUAACAGCCCAAAAGAUAAAACAGGUGAAGACGGAGUGCAAGAGAAGCUUCCUGACAAACAGCUGGAUGCCACUGGCAGUGCUGAUGAAGAUGCUGAUGGCAAGACCAAGAGGCGGAAGAAGAAGCUGAGGAAGAGUGAGGAGCCAAAAGAGGGCACGAAGCUCGUAAACAGUACCUUUUCAGAGAAGAGGACUCUGCCUAAAAAGCCGAAGAGUCAAGACAGAGGCCGGACUAACACGGAGCUAGAUAAGCUGUUGCCACUGGCAUCUGUCCAGACGCAGAGGAGUCCCAGGGCAGCAGGGGAAGAGCAAGGCCUGCGGUCAUCGGACUCAGCUGAGGAGGAGAAAGAGCUAAAAAAAAAUGAACCCAAAGAAAAAUUUCAGAAAAGAUAUGAUUCAGAAAAGGAAGAAAAAGGCCGAAAAGAACCAAAAGGAUUAAAGACAUUUAAGGAAAUCAGAAAUGCAUUCAGUUUAUUUAAAAAAACAACAGAAGAAAAAAAUGAUGUUCCUGAGAAUAAUUGGAAAAAAGAAGAAAUACUGGAUUGUAAAACCACAGAAGACCAGAAAGCCAAGGAAAACAAGUACUCACUGAAAGAAAGCAGAAAUACUAGAGAGGAAGCGGACACUUGGGCACAGAUUGCCGCAGAGGACGAGCAGGAGGGUAUGGACAGUGUGUGUCCAGCAGAUGAGAAUCUGGACGGCAGGCACCACAUUCUGAGUUUGGGCAUGGACCUGCAUCUAGAAUGGAUGAAACUAGAAGACUUUCAAAGGCACCUUGAUGGGGAAGAUGAGACUUUCGACACCGCAGAUGCAGUUCCAAGUCAUUUGUUGAGGGACGCUGUGAAAAAUGGGGAUUAUAUUUCUGUAAAGGUUGCGCUUAACUCAGAUGAAGAGUACAACUUGGACCAAGAGGACUCCAGUGGGAUGACAUUAGUGAUGCUUGCUGCAGCGGGAGGACAGGAUGACCUCCUGCGACUCCUCAUCACCAAAGGUGCAAAAGUGAACGGUCGGCAGAAGAAUGGAACUACGGCCCUCAUCCAUGCCGCUGAGAAGAACUUUUUAACCACCGUGGCUAUUCUUUUGGAAGCGGGAGCUUUUGUAAAUAUCCAGCAGAGCAAUGGUGAGACUGCGCUCAUGAAGGCCUGUAAAAGAGGAAAUUCGGACAUUGUUCGGCUUGUAAUCGAAUGUGGAGCCGACUGUAACAUUUUGUCAAAGCACCAGAACAGUGCGCUGCAUUUUGCAAAGCAGUGUAACAAUGUGCUCGUGUACGACUUGCUGAAGAACCACUUAGAGACACUUUCGAGAGUGGCUGAAGAGACAAUCCGGGAUUACUUUGAAGCUCGCCUUGCUCUGCUGGAACCUGUUUUCCCAAUAGCAUGUCAUCGACUCUGUGAGGGGCCAGAUUUCUCAACAGAUUUCAAUUACAAACCUCCACAGAACAUGCCAGAAGGUUCUGGCAUCCUGCUCUUUAUUUUCCAUGCAAACUUUUUGGGUAAAGAAGUUAUUGCUCGACUCUGUGGACCAUGCUGCGUACAAGCCGUAGUUUUAAAUGAUAAAUUUCAACUUCCUGUUUUUCUGGAUAGUCAUUUUGUUUACUCUUUCAGCCCUGUUCCAGGCCCCAAUAAGCUCUUCAUAAGGUUGACAGAAGCACCCGGUGCCAAGGUUAAGCUGCUCAUAGGCGCAUACAGAGUGCAGCUUCAGUGACCACACAGGAUUGGGUUGGACCUUUCAAAUUCUUACAUGACCUCUUGGAAGCAGUGUGGAAUUUUGGCGCACCUAAAGCUUUUACGUGUAAAGUUUCAUGUGUAAAAUUCUUAAGCCUGUCAUCUGUUCUGGUCUGUGAGAUCAAUGUGGUACCUCUAAUAUAUAUAAAAUAUAGAUGUACGUGUGCCAGUCUUCUCAAAUUCAGCGUUGCACCAAGACUGCAUAUUUUAUUUUUUUCCACAAUGUGGAACAGUAAUAGGAAAAUUAAGGUUUUUUUUUUUUUUUUUUUUUUAUUUAGUAACUCUGAAUUUUGUACUAGUCUUGGUGAAUUUCUGUGUAAAAAACCAAAAACAUGUAGGUGCAAAGCACCAGCAUACGGUAAGGGAGGCAUGGUCUACUCAGGUUGCACAGGCACUGAAGAAAGGAUGAUUCUGCUACCCCAAUGGAUGACUGUCUGUGUGUGCGCGUGAGUGUGCGUAUUUACGCGCAAAGGAUAGAGAUGGUGACGCCUUUGUGUAUAAAUGCAGUUCUAACUUAUCCUUUUGAAGAUAAGAUGAUAAAAUAAAAACCUAAGCUGUAGAAGAAUAUUGAGAACUUCUUUGCUUGUUCUUCAAGUUCACCGGGUAAUUCUGCAAAGCUGCCUCAUGUGAACACAGCAGCAGGGACCGACUCCAGGAUGUCACUGCACUUCUUCCCCGGCACGGUCCUGUGUCAUCUGCGUUGGGCCUGAAUUGGCACUGCUCCUGCCUCUCCUCAUGGUGCUGAGAUUACAGGCAUGCAACACCACACCUGGCCUCAGUAGUAGUUUUUAGUCUCAUGAAAUACAAUUUUAAUGAAAAAAAAAAAAAAAAAAAAAACUUCAAAAUAAGCCAUGCACACCCACACACACUGACAGUUCAGAGAACUGCUUCCUUAAAUUAACGUUGUGCUACAGUAUUCUUUCUGCUUUUCACUUUGUAUUUCAUGACUUGAAAACAA